UGUUAGGAUUGGGAAUUGGAUCUGAUGGUGCCUUUAAAGCAGUUGUCUAACCUUUUUAAGUAGAUCACCUUUGGCAUUUAAAAGCAACCCAAGAUCUACUGUGUGCCACCGCUGCCGCCACCACGCCGUCCCCCCCACUCAGCAGGUGGGCUGGCCUGCUGAUACAUCUCAGAAUGCCAUUAGUGAAAAGAAAUAUAGACCCGCGGCACUUGUGUCACACAGCACUGCCCAGAGGCAUCAAGAAUGAACUGGAAUGUGUCACUAAUAUCUCCUUGGCAAAUAUAAUUAGACAACUAAGUAGCCUAAGUAAAUAUGCUGAAGAUAUAUUUGGUGAGCUUUUCAAUGAAGCGCACAGUUUCUCGUUCAGGGUUAAUUCCUUACAGGAACGUGUAGAUCGCUUAUCUGUCAGUGUUACCCAGCUUGAUCCAAAGGAAGAAGAAUUGUCAUUGCAAGACAUUACAAUGAGAAAAGCUUUCAGGAGUUCCACAAUUCAAGAUCAACAGCUGUUUGACCGCAAGACUCUACCUAUUCCUCUACAAGAGACUUAUGACAUUUGUGAACAGCCUCCCCCACUUAACAUACUUACGCCUUACAGGGAUGAUGGAAAAGAGGGUUUGAAGUUUUACACUAAUCCCUCAUAUUUCUUUGAUCUAUGGAAAGAAAAGAUGUUGCAGGACACUGAAGACAAGAGAAAAGAAAAAAGAAAGCAGAAGCAGAAGAAUCUAGACCGUCCUCAUGAACCGGAAAAAGUGCCAAGGGCACCCCAUGACAGACGGAGAGAGUGGCAGAAGUUAGCCCAAGGUCCCGAGCUUGCUGAGGAUGAUGCUAAUUUAUUACAUAAGCACAUUGAAAUCGCUAAUGGCCCUGCUCCACAUUUUGAAACAAGACCUCAAGCCUAUGUGGAACAUAUGGAGGGAACCUAUUCUCUUUCUGCAUUACCCUAUAGUCAGAUGUCUGAACUACUGAACAGAGCUGAGGAGCGUGUAUUAGUCAGACCACAUGAGCCACCUCCACCUCCACCAAUGCAUGGAGCAGGAGAUGUGAAACCUGUACCUCCUUGUGUUAGCUCCACCACAAGUUUGAUAGAAAACCGUCCUCAGUCACCAGCAACAGGCAGAACACCAGUAUUUGUGAGCCCCACUCCCCCGCCUCCUCCUCCCCCGCCUCUUCCAUCUGCUUUGUCAACUUCUUCAUUAAGAGCUGCAAUGACUUCCACCCCUCCCCCACCUGUGCCACCGCCACCACCACCACCUCCCACAGCUGCUUUGCAAGCCCCAGCAGUGCCACCUCCACCAGCUCCUCUCCAGAUUGCUCCUGGAGUCCUUCAUCCAGCUCCUCCUCCAAUUGCACCUCCUCUAGCACAACCCUCUCCACCAGUCACCAGAGCUGCCCAAGUAUGUGAAGCUGUACCUGUUCAUCCAAUUCCCCAGGGUGAAGUGCAAGGACUGCCUCCACCUCCACCACCCCCUCCAUUGCCUCCCCCUGGCAUUCGGCCCUCAUCACCUGUCACAGUUGCAGCUCUCUCUCACCCUCCCCCUGUUCUGCACCCUCAGCCCACAACCAUUGUUCCUGGCUCCCAUGCCCCACUAAUGCCUCCAUCUCCACCAUCCCAAGUAAUUCCUGCUCCUGAACCCAAGCGCCACCCAUCAACCCUCCCUGUUAUCAGCGAUGCUAGAAGCGUUCUGCUGGAAGCAAUACGAAAAGGUAUUCAGCUACGCAAAGUUGAAGAGCAACGGGAGCAAGAAGCUAAACAUGAGCGCAUUGAGAACGAUGUUGCCACUAUAUUAUCUCGUCGUAUUGCUGUGGAAUACAGUGAUUCAGAAGAUGAUUCAGAGUUUGAUGAAGUGGAUUGGUUGGAGUAACAUGAAUACUUCGGUAUACACUACAAAGCCGAAUGCUACUGUCCAUUGUGGUGCUUGUUCCUUGAAAACGUUUGAUGGUCAUUUCUAGUGUUUUUUGUAUUUUUUCUUUACACUACAUAAAUAAUCCGUUUUUCUACUUUUCAGUUUACAAGAACACUCCUAGUGCAUCUUUGAGACUAAAUGUUUUACAGUGGCUUUUCUUACACCUCUUUUUUUGAAAGAACACAUUUUGUUCCAAUAGACCACUAAGUAUUAAGCAUGGGCAGCUGUUGGUAGAGUAGCAGUUUCAAUUUUUUGGCAUAUCUUAACUGUGCACUUUGUGAAUUUUAAGUUAAUGAAGGCAACUGAGAUUGAAAUUCCAAGGGCAGCUGUAUGUACUAAUGAGCCUUAUUCCAUUUUUGAUAAUGUUUUUAAAAACAUUAAAUCUAGUUAUCAAGAUAUCACUGCCUCAAUGGCAUCUGUACACUAAGAAGGUACAUAUGGUUAGCAGCACUGAAUACAGGAAAGAAGAAAGGAUCUUUGGGGAUUUUAUUAUUGUUUUAUUGUUGUUUUAAAAUAAUUAUGCCUUAUUUGAAUGUUUAGAGGUUUCCCUCCCAGGUACAUAUUGUGUGGUACUAUUUUGCCUGCAUAAAAGAGUUUAAAAUUCUUUUCCUUGUGAAAUCUUCUGACUUAAACAUGCUGUGUAACUUAAGUAACUGUUACAAAUAACAGUUUGAUUUAAUAAA